GAAGGCAUCUUCCUGUAAAAUUGAGAUGAGGAAGCAAACAGAUCAUUCUGAAGACGGAGUCAUCCAUGGCCAAAAUGGCUCUCCGCGCUGCUUUUCUCGUGUUGGGGACCAUAAUAUCCGUAAACAGCGUGGAGCACACCCUGACAUACAUCUACACGGCCUUCUCCAAACCUGUGAACCUCCCAGGCAUCCAUGAAUUCACUGCUAUGGGUCUGCUGGACAACAGAAUGAUCGACUACUAUGACAGCUCUGUGCAAAAGAAAGUUCCUAAGCAGGACUGGAUGAAGGACCGACUCAAGCAGGAAUACUGGGAUAAAGGAACUCAGUCCCGGCAGAGCAAGCAGCAGUGGUUCAAGGUUAACAUCGACAUCCUGAUGAAUCGGAUGAGACAAAGUUCUGCUAAUGACACUCACGUUCUCCAGUGGAUGCAUGGUUGUGUCGGUGAAGAGGACACAAAUGGAAACCUCCAGUUUAAGCGUGGCAUGGACAUGUACAACUAUGACGGCGACGACUUUCUGUCUUUUGAUGAUGAGCAUCAAGUUUGGGUGGCUGCAGCGGAUGCAGCAGUCGUCACCAAGAGGAAGUGGGAUGAUGUCACAGCUCUGAAAGACUACACCAAGGGUUACCUGGAGAAGGAGUGCAUGGAAUGGAUGAGCACCUUCCUGGGUUAUUCACAAAAACAGCUAAGAGAUGCCGAUCCACCUGAGGUGUUCGUGUUUGCCACUCCAGCUAAAGAAAAGGCAAACAUUGUUCUGACCUGCUUUGCUACCGGCUUUUAUCCAAAGGAUAUCAUUAUGGAGAUCAAGAGAAACGGCCGUGUUCUCGUACCAGAAGAUGGUCUGGUGUCCUCCAAUGUUCGGCCAAAUGACGACGAAACUUUCCAAAUCAGGAACCACGUGGAGAUUCUGAGGAAAGACUCUGCAGAUUACACUUGCAGAGUCAUCCACAAAGCCACCGACGUGGACGUUGAGAAGGCCUGGGAUCGCAGUCUUCCUUUGGAGGAUGGAAAGGGAGUUAUUAUUGGCGCCGCUGUUGCUGGAGUCAUCUUGAUUGUUGUGUGCGUCACAUUGGGGAUUGUGUUGUUCAAGAGAAAUCAAGCUGCCAAAAAAAUGUCUCCUUCUUCAACACCUUCCACAAGUUCUGAACACGUUGGUUUGAUCCUGCCUCCAAAGAGCACUGUUAUUUCUGCGACAAACUCUCAAACUAGCCUCACCUCCUCCACAGGCAGCUCUACCAAGCCCCUCAUUAACAAGAGCAAUGGUGGUAAAUCAGAAGGAGAUGAUCGUUCUACUUCUUCACCUUCUCCACAGUCAGUCUGUUCCAUCAGUACCAUUGAACUUAAUCAAUCUCCCUCCUUUCUAAGCAUUUACAAGCUCAAGAAACACUCCCUGAAAUACAUCUACACGGCCUUCUCCAGACAUGUGGAGCUCCCAGGCAUCCAUGAAUUCACUGCUAUGGGUCUGCUGGACAACAGAAUGAUCGACUACUAUGACAGCUCUACUCAAAAGAAAAUUCCUAAACAAGACUGGAUGAAGGAGCAACUCCAGCAGGAAUACUGGGAUAAAGGAACUCAGUCCCGGCAGAGCAAGCAGCAGUGGUUCAAGGUUAACAUCGACAUCCUGAUCAACCGAAUGAGACAAAGUUCUAACGACACUCAUGUUCUCCAGUGGAUGCAUGGAUGUGAAGGUGAAGAGGACACAAAUGGCGACCUUAAGUUUGUGCGUGGCGUGGACACGUACAACUAUGACGGAAAUGACUUCCUGUCUUUUGAUGAUGAGCAUCAAGUUUGGGUGGCUGCAGCGGAUGCAGCACUCCAAACCAAGAGGAAGUGGGAUGAAGUCACAGCUCUGAAAGACUACACCAAGGGUUACCUGGAGAAGGAGUGCAUGGAAUGGAUGAGCAGCUUCCUGGUUUAUACAAAACAGCAGCUCAAAAAUGUCUCUCCACCUGAAGUGUUCAUGUUUGCCACUCCAGCUAAAGAAAAGACAAACAUUGUGCUGACAUGUUUUGUCACCGACUUUUAUCCGAGGGAUAUAUCCCUGCAGAUCGUCAGAAAUGGCCGCGUUCUCUCAGCAGAUGAUGGGCUGGUGACGACUCGGGUUCGCCCAAAUGAGGAUGAAACUUUCCAAAUAAGGAACCAUGUGGAGAUUCUGAGGACAGACUCUGCAGAUUACACUUGCAGAGUCAUCCAUGAAGGCACCAGCAGUGUGGUUGAGAAGACCUGGGAUCGCCCACUUCCUUCGGAAGAUGAAACAGGAGAUAUUAUCGGUGUUGUUGUUGGAGUCGUCUUGAUUGUUGUGUGCGCCACAUUGGGGAUUGUGUUAUUUAAGAGAAAACAAGCUGUCAAAGAAAAACCUUCUCCUUCUGCAACAGCUUUUAUAAGUAAGUGUCUCUCUUUUCUGUUAAGAGAUUUUUGUUUCUUAUUCAUGAAGAGUUUAACGUGAAUGAGAAAAUGUGUUUUUUAGCUUAAGAUUAACCUUGUUUAUUGAAAUAUUUACCUGCAAACCCCCAGUUUUUAUUGACUAAUUAUCCUAAAUAUCAUAAAAAGCUGUAGGUUUGCUCAUUUUACAUAUUUAAAUAUUUUUAUCAGAUGUGCUGUAUAUUAUUUAAACCAAACAGUUUGUAUU